UAAUAUCAACCAAAAUAAACUUGAAAACCAAACUCCAGAUUUACUUCAUUUUCUCUUUCUACUCUAUAACUGCUACAAAUAGACUAAACCCUUCCAAUUAUUUUCCUGUGAUUAUUAUUAAAUCUUAUCGAUGGAUGAAAGGUUGAGAAGUGCAGCUCAAUCGGGAAAUAUAGAUGCCUUGUAUGCAUUAAUCGAAGACGACGCGGAUGUUUUGCGACGCAUCGAUGAGAUGGAGUUUGUUGAUACUCCACUGCACAUAGCUGCAGCUGCAGGCAACACUGAUUUUGCGAUGGAGAUGAUGAACUUAAAGCCAUCAUUCGCUAGGAAGCUGAACAAACGCGGGUUUAGUCCCCUUCAUCUAGCCUCGCAAUAUGCAAAAAAAAAGAUGGUGGAUGAUCUCCUAUCAGUUGAUAAAGAUCUUGUUCGUGUCAAAGGGAGGGAGGGUUACACUCCUCUUCAUUGUGCAGCCAGAGAAGGAGAUGUUCCUCUUCUGUCUAAAUUUCUGGAGGAAUGCCCCAAUUGUAUCUUUGAUUUGACUAUUCGAAAAGAGACUGCUCUGCAUUUUGCAGCACAAAAUAAUAAUUUCCAAGCUUUCAAAGCCAUACUGGACAGGAUUCAAGAGACAGACAAAUACCACGACAUUGAGAAAAGAAGAAUGCUAAACUUACAGGACAAGGAUGGAAACACUGUGUUGCACAUAGCCGCAUCAAAUAACCAAACCCAGAUGAUCAAACUGUUAAUAGAAAGCAAGAAGGUUGAUAGCAAUAUGGUUAAUCAGAGUGGUUUCACAGCUUUGCAUGUCUUACAAGAACAACCUGUAGUUGACAGAGAGAGUGUGAACAUUCUGAUACGUGCUAAACAUCCAGCCUCAAGGUUCCGUAGGGCGUCAAACUUCAACAAAUUGACACGUGAUAUUGAGGAGAUGAAACUUGAUACGAUCAAUGCGUUGCUAGUCGUAUUUGCACUGAUUCUAGCGAUGACUUACCAAGCUCUUCUCAGCCCGCCAGGUGGUGUUUUGCAGGCUGAUGCUGGUUCCGAUUCUGAUCAUGCAGGGAAAUCAGUGAUCAAGCCUGUUAUGUUUAUUAUUUUCUAUGUUUCAAAUAGCGUAGCUUUUAUAAUGGCGUGGAUCUUAACAAUGGCCCUCCUCAGCGUCGUUGGCAAGAGGAUCGUGUUUACUGUGUUCUCACUAUACUUGUUGAUGUGUUUGUGCUAUGGUGCUGCACUGGGUGUCCUAGAACCAAUAGCAUUUAGCGGUUGGGGUUCUUGGAUUGCUGCUGUCAUCACUAAUGUCUUGUUUUUUUAUGUUUGGUAACAAGAAAGUAACUGCAAGAAAAUUGUUUGUGUUAA